AUGACGACAUCACGCGCGACGACGCAGCCGGCGCUCGCGACGACCGCGUCGCGUCUCGAACGCUUCCGGACCCGCUCGCUCGGGGCGUUCCCUGCCGGCGAACAGGGGCGGAUGAUGGGGUGCCGCGAUGUCGACGCGGGGUUAUCGCGACGGCGCGCGCGCGUGCUCGCGACGGCGUCGAUCAAGCCGCUCGACCCGAAGUACGAUCGUCCUCCCGAUCUCAAGAUCGCCGUCGUCGGCGCGGGUCCGUGCGGGCUCGCCACCGCUCUCGCGCUCCGGCAUCACGGCUUCGGCGACGUCACCGUCUUCGACCGCUUCCCCGAGAUUCGACCCGCGCUGGGCGCGGCGUUCAACCUCAACGGCGGCGCGGCGGUGCUCGACAAGCUCGGCCUCCUCCCCGAGUUUCGCGCGAUGAACAACCCGAUGCGUUUGGUUCGAUCGAGGCGCGUGGACGCCAACGGCGGCCCACUCGACCGCCUCGAGAUCAUGACCGUGGACGUGCCGAAGAUCAUCGCCGACGACCCGGUGGCGCGCGACGCGCUCGUCUCGGCGACCGACGGCGAACCCCUCUGCGGCACCGUCAUGCGCGCCGACCUCCUCCGCGCGCUCGCCGACGCGCUCCCUCCGGAGAGCCUCAUGCUCGGCCGCGAGGUGACCGGAUGCGUGACGCGACCGGCGAACAACGGACCGGGCGACACAGCUGGCAGCGCCGGUCGAUCCGUCGCGGCGCUCACCUUUCGCGACUACCCCGACGGCAAGGAGACGACGGAGUUUUUCGACCUCGUCGUGGGCGCCGACGGCAUCCGCGGCGUCGUCCGCGAGUCCACGUUCGGCGCAUCGCCACCAAAGUACGGCGGCAUACGGAUCAUAUUCGGGUGCACCGCGGAAGGGGACUCAGAGGCUGUGAACGCCAGGCCGCAGUCCGAGCACGGCGAGGCGCACCAGUGGUUCGGCGACGGGUGCUACGCGUUGGUCUACACAGCCGGCGGCGAACGCAACAAGCAGCACAACGUGGCGGUGUGCAUCGCGGACGAGACGGAGACGGACGAGAACGCGGAGUGGCGCGUCAACGGGGGCAGGUCGUCGUCGUCGAAAGGUAAGAGCGACCCGGCGGCGGCGCGGGCGGCGUGCAUGGAGGCGCUGGAGAGGUACUCGAUGCCGCCGGAGGUUGUCGCCGUCGCCGAGCGGUGCGAACGAUUCUUCGACGUGGGGGUGCACUACCACGACCCGAUGGCUACGUGGUCGGACCCCCGCGGGUGCGUGACUCUCGCCGGGGACAGCGCGCACGCGAUGCCCCCGUUCCUUGGGCAGGGCGCGAACCAAUCGCUGCAGGACGCGUGGACGCUCGGGGAGAAGUUGGGCAAGGUGCGGCUGGCGGGCCGCGGCGCGGCGGUUGACGCGGUGGCCGGGGUGGACUACUACGGCACCGUCGCGCAGGCGCUCGCCGAGUACGAGGAGACGCGCAAAGGACCGACGAGCGCCAUCAUGUUGAGCUCCAGGGUGAUCGGGUUCGUGGAGACGGGGCGUGGUCCGGUGGGGUGGGUGAGAGACGUCGCGUUCGGGGUGUUGGGCGCGGCUGGCAUCGCGGGGAAGAUUUUCCUCAAAAACGCCGUGCCCGUUUUGUAA